AUGAUGAUCCGCGGUCUCGCUAUCGUUUUGAUGGCAUCAUUUGCCGCCGCCGCUGUUGUUGCCGCUGUCGCCAUGCCGGAUACCAUUGUUUCUGACGGUUUUGCCAAUAUUCAGCCCGCGGUAAUGGCCAACUCAAACCCCAGCUUUAACCCCAACCUUCCGAUGGCUAGGCCCCAGGUGCGCCUGUCGCCUAUCAUAUUCGAGGACGAGGAAGACGCGCCCUCGCAAAAGAAAUCUCAGGGAUGCCCGUUGCUCGGCCAAGUCAAGCUCUGCGUCAACCACGCCGCCAUGCAGCGUGCCACCUGCUCUAGAGAAGACCUCGACUGCCAGUGCAUUUGGGCCGGCGUCACGACUACCUGCUUCUCUCCCUGCGCUACUGAGAAGGAGUCGGGUGACAGCAUGCGUGUGGCCAAGGGCGACCAGGACUCCAUUUGCCAGCAGGCCGCAAAGUUUGGCAAGAUCGCCAAGGAAAAGGAGAGGCUGAGACAGGACGAGAAGAACAACAAGGUUGUCAAGAAGAAAGAAGCCACGCGGACGUCGGUGCCGAAGAACAUCGACGAUAUGAAUAACACGCCGUCGCCGAACGCUUCCAACGACAACAAUGCAAACAAGUCAUCCGACGGAAAGGACUCUGGCAACAAGAACAGCGACACUGGGGCUGGAUCCAACACGCACAACAACAACAAUGGAAAGCCGAACUCGGGAUCCGCAUCUGGUCAGAAAAAUGGUGCCAGCAAUCCAAGCGGGCGCGAGGUCAAGAGCGGUGACAAGCCGGGUGCCAAGGACAGCUCGUCCGCUGCUGUACCCAGGCUUUCGUCAACCACGGGCAGCGCGGCUCUAUUGAGUCUGGGCGUGGCAAUGGCCAUUGCCAGCGGCAGUAUUCCGAUGCUGUUUUAG